GUGGAUCAAGUUCAAGGAGGGGAUUGUGCAACUGUGUACACACCAUCACCCAAAUUGAAUGAUUAGAACGCACGUCAUGUUUUGUACAGGUCUUCUCGUGGCGGCAAGCGUUGGCGCCCUGCUCACUCAGGUGACCUGUUUCCAGAAAAAAGACCUCACUACAACUCCUGGAUCAUUUGGCACAACUGUCGUGGAAGCCACGGUGGGACGGAUCAACCGACUGACUGCAGUAAACGCGGACCUACUGACGGACAACAGGUUCAUCCGCCGCAUCGCCUGGGUGGAAACCACCGACGGCAACGAGGCAUUCACUUACUCCGACCCAAACUACCACGGGGGAAUCUGGCGAGUAGACCGCAAUGUCUACGACAUCACCCUGGGCAUGUACGAUACCCCCACAUACGGUUCCAUCUUUGCUGACAUCGAAGCACUGUUGGAGAUCGAUUGGAAUCAAACCACGUGGGAGGAUUGCCGCAGACCGCUGUACUCGGCACUCGCUGCACGAAUGUUCUUCCACAGCCUGCAAUCAAAUGUUCCGCAGGGACUGAAUAGUCAGGCUGUGUUUUGGAGGGAUAGAUACCACGACGAACCGUCUGAUACGGUGGAAAAUUUCACCAGAAAAGUAGAGAAUCUUGAGAGUGAAGGAUGUUCUGUCAAAGGCAUAGACCUUGUUUUCGUUUUGGACGGUUCGGGAAGUGUUGGAUCCGCUAACUUCGAAAAGACCAAGAGCUUUGUUUCGAAUGUCGUAGACGCCUUCGAGAUCGGCGCUGACCAGACCCGUGUUGGAGUCAUCAAGUAUUCCAGUAGUGUUACGGUUGAGUUCCACCUUAUCACCUACUCGAGCAAAGCACUUCUAAAGCAGGCGAUUGGAAACAUUCAGUACAUCGGUGGUGGUACGCAGACUGUUGCCGCCUUGGAUGUAAUGGAAAGUCAGGCCUUUCUUAUCGAGAAUGGAGCACGACCGGAUUUCAAUGCGGUAUCACGUGCAGCAGUCGUCAUCACGGACGGCCAGUCACAGGGACCUGAGGCCGUAGCUGUGCCAGCAGAUCGGGCUCGUGAAAAGGGCAUCACUAUGUUCGCCAUCGGAGUGACCAAUAAUGUGAACAAUGACGAGCUGAACGCCAUUGCUAACAAACCUAAUGAUUUCUACGUGUUCCACGUCAGCAAUUUCGGCGCCAUCGACAACAUUGUGGCAGCUCUUGAAGAAAAAACAUGCAAUGAUCCCACCCCUAUCCGCGGACCAGUGGUCAACAACACUCUUCUCCUUGGUGACAAGCAAUUUCUGCAGCAGACCGUUCCUAUGGACGGAAUCACCCUAGGCAUUGAAGCUGAGGAAGGCAAUGUCGUCAUGUUCGUCUCCACCGACACUCCCAAUCCCAACGAUGCGUUUUACGACUACCGUCUGGAGGCAACGGAGGGGCAAGGCAGGGUGGAGGUCUUUAUUGGACCAGAAGAGUUCCCAGAUCGAGGCAACCUGUCUGUAGAAACAAGUGCAAAUGAAGGCAGCCGUCUUGUUCGACGACGUCGACAGGUAUCCAGUCAGAAUGGCACUGACGGCGGACUACCCAUCGGCACGGUGUACAUGACAGUAGAGGGCCUGGAAGAGACUAACGACUUCGUCUUGAGGGUGACAGAAGGUGACGUCACUGAGCCCUUCACCACUGCAAAGCCAACUAACGCGGCAUCUACUCUGCGUCCGACUAGCGGAUACGUCGGCCUUGUGCUGGGGGCUAUUGCAGCUCAGUUGAUGAAACUGGCUCAUGGCUAGUUUAUAGGUUACCUGUUUCAGAUUUUGAAAUCCAGAUCAAAUGUGGAAACUUAGUCAUUAUAUUGAUCGCAGAUAUAAACUAGCAUUUGCUUUUGGUAUACCAUUUUAAUCAUUUACUAUGCAAUAGUUUGUGUGAAUAGCAAUGCACAUUCUACAAAAAACAUUUGCCCCAAACGAUUUUUGUUUUUGCUUUUUGCCCGUCUAGCCUUAACGUGACCAUUAGCAUUCGCUUUUGUUUUGUAUGAAUAGACAGGAGUAUGUUUCUUACAACUUUGAGCAUGUACAAUUGUACAAUUUUCAUUUUUCAAGAUUGGAUCAGAGCAACCUUUGAAAAGUAUUACAAAGCAAAUAACGAUAGAGUACAAAUGGCAGAGUUUAUGAAUUAAAUUCAGAAUGAAGAAAA